AUGAAGCUUCUUUUCACUCUGCCGCUGCUCUUGCGGCUCUCUCUGCCGGUCCUCUCGGCGUCCACGGCGGACUGGAGGUCUCGGACCAUUUACUUUGCGCUUACAGACCGCGUUGCUCGCGGAGCGGAUGAUUCCGGAGGCAGUGCGUGCGGAAACCUGGGAGACUACUGCGGCGGUACGUUUCAAGGUCUGGAGGGCAAGUUGGACUACAUCAAAGGCAUGGGAUUCGACGCCAUCUGGAUCACGCCCGUUGUUACGAACAGCGAUAAGGGCUAUCAUGGUUAUUGGGCAAGCGAUAUCGAUUCCAUCAAUUCUCAUUAUGGUUCUGCGGAUGAUUUAAAGAGUCUUGUUGAUGCCGCCCAUAGCAAGGGCUUCUACAUGAUGGUGGACGUUGUCGCCAAUCAUAUGGGCUAUGCCAACAUUCCUGACGACCUUCCAACUCCCCUGAACGAGAACUCGUCGUAUCAUCCAGAAUGCGACAUUGACUACAACAACCAAACCAGCGUCCAAAACUGCUGGAUCAGCGGCCUCCCGGACCUCGACACUCAGAGCCCUACCAUCCGCAGCCUCUACCAGGACUGGGUCUCCAACCUCGUCUCGACCUACGGCUUCGAUGGCGUCCGCAUCGACACCGUCAAGCACGUCGAGCAAGACUACUGGCCCGGCUUUGUCAACGCCACAGGCGUCUACUGCAUCGGCGAGGUCUUUGACGGAGACCCAAACUUUAUGCUGCCCUACGCCAGCCUCAUGCCGGGCCUGCUCAACUAUGCCAUCUACUACCCCAUGACUCGCUUUUACCAGCAGCAGGGCUCCUCGCAGGACAUGGUCAACACGCACGACCAGAUUGGCUCUUCGUUCCCGGACCCGACUGCGCUGGGCACCUUUGUCGAUAACCACGACAACCCUCGCUUCCUCAGCGUCAAGAACGACACGGCCCUGCUCAAGAACGCUCUGGCUUACACCAUUCUCUCGCGAGGCAUCCCCAUUGUCUACUACGGCACCGAGCAGGCCUAUUCAGGCAGCAACGAUCCCGCCAACAGAGAGGACCUCUGGCGCAGCGGCUUCAACACCCAGUCCGACAUGUACGAUGCCAUCUCCAAGCUCACCUAUGCCAAGCACGCCGUGGGUGGGCUCGCCGACAACGACCACAAGCACUUGUACGUAGAGGGCACGGCGUACGCUUUCAGCCGCGCCGGUGGCAAGAUGGUGGCCUUUACGACCAACGGCGGGAACGGGAGCUCGGGCCAGUACUGCUUCGGCACGCAGGUUCCCAACGGCCAGUGGCAGAAUGUGUUUGACGAGGGCAAGGGCCCGACGUAUUCCGCAGAUGGAAAUGGGCAGCUUUGCUUGAAUGUGACCAACGGCAACCCGAUUGUGUUGCUGUCUUCGUGA